AAUAAAAAGUGCUAAGAUCUUUGUCGACUUUUAUCUAUGAAUACAAACAUUGCUAUAUGAUUUUAGCACAUGUACAAUGUAUUUUCAGCGACAAUUAAGCUACUAUGUUAAUUAGUUAUUGAUAAAAAUCAUAAUUCAUUUUAUUGUACGAUAUAAGCUCUCAUUUAUUAAUACCGAACUUCUCUUUCCACUAGCUAAUUUUUGUAGGAAAGAGAUGAGUUUCCAUAUAUAAGAACAAUGAGGAAAUCCCAUAUGAGAACUAAUAUAAUUUAUUAAGGAAAAUCAAUGAGAAGAAUAAAAUGAAACUACGGUUACCAAAUCAAUCAAAAAUUGCGGUUACAAAAUCAAUCAAAAUUAUGGUUACAAAAUCAAUGAAAAGAAUCAAUCAAUUUAAUUAUUAAUUAAGGAAAAUCAAAUUACCGUUAUAAAAUGCCUUUGUGAUUCUUAUAUAAAGGUUCUUCUCCUCUUCUUUCUUUAGAGUAUAAUUGUAAGUUAAAUAAUUAAUUUAUUUGAUAGGAUGAAGAUCACUCGGAUGCAUCUAAAAUUUCUUAUUGCAAUUACAUUUUUUAUUAGUUAUGAUAAAGUUGAGGGCUUAACCAAGCAAGAAGAUGAAGCAUUGGAGAGGAGAUUACAGCUUUUAAAUAAGCCAGCAGUUAAAACUAUUAAGACCGAAUAUGGAGAUAUUUAUGAUUGCGUAGAUUUCUAUCAACAGCCGGCAUUUGAUCAUCCAUUGCUAAAAAACCAUACUUAUGAUCCUCAGAUGAAACCAACUUUUUCUCUAACAAAAGAAGACGAAGAACCCUCGACAUUGAGAAACACCCCCAAUAUGUUAAAAGAUGGAGGUUGUCCAAAGGGAACAGUUCCUAUAAGAAGAACUACGAAAGAAGAUCUCAUUAGAGAACAAAAUGCGGGUCGAUUGAAUGCUAGUUAUGCUAAAGGCAUCUAUCACUUUGCUCUAGAAGAAACAUCAGAUAACCAAAAUAAUAAGUUUACGGGAGCUGGUGCGUGGAUGAGCAUUUACGCUCCAAAGGUUCAAAAUAACCAAUGGAGUGCAUCUGUUGUGAAGUUACAAAAUGGUCGUGACCAAAUACAAGCUGGUUGGCGUGUGGAUCCAAUUCUUUAUGGUGAUGCUCGUGCACGAUUUUUCGUAUUAUUCAAAUCUGGCACAACUCAAUGCUUCAACACACGUUGCAAAGGAUUCAUAAUAGUGAAUACACAAAUACCCCUGGACCAUGUAUUCCCACAUGUUUCCAAAGAUGGAGAUAUAUUCGAGGAGAGGUUUUAUAUUCAAAAGGACUUGAUAAAUGGAAAUUGGUGGCUACGUUAUGGUCCUGAUUCUACACAGAUUGGUUAUUGGCCAGCAGAAGUGUUUGGGGGAUUAAAGAAUUUUGCAUCGAAGGCGGCAUGGGGUGGAGAGGCAUUUAGUUUAGGACCUACUUUCCCUCCCAUGGGUACAGGACAAUUCCCUCAACGGGACACCUCCGUCGAUGCAUAUUGUAGAAAAAUUGCCAUCAUCAAUUCUGCUGGGAAAACUGCAGAGGCUGGUCCUUUGUCUAAGUUUGAAGAUGCCAGUGCGCUCUACCAAGUGAGUGAUAAACAAACUGGCGAUAAUGAUUUUGGUCAUUUGGUCUUUUUGGGAGGACCAGGUUCUAACAAAUGA